AUGGACCCCUCCGACGCCAUUUCCCUCUCUUCGGACUCUGAGCCCGAGACUGAGACGGAUCCGUCGCUAUCUUCCGCAUUUUUGAGCACAAAAGCUUCCAAUCUGGCUCGGGCCUCCAUCAACAAUUACGGACAGCCUGUUGUCAGUGGACCGGGCCCCAAUCGGCCUCUGACAUUGCCAGUCCAGCUGCGCCAGGAGGUCGACUUGACGCAAGGACAGGCACAUAUUGACCGAAGAGUAGAAAUGGCGAGACAGCAAGACCCGGAUGAAGAUGAAGACGAGGAGCUCAAGAGGGCCAUCGCGCUGAGUCUGGAGAGCCAUCAAGAGGAGAUCCUGAGGGAUGCUGAGGGCGCGCACCAUGAAGAUGUGAAGAGCGAUAAUGAGCACCAGCGAGCGCCAGUGGCAGGUGCACACGAGGCUGUCCCGCCUGAAGCUACAGCACCCAAGACUUCUACGAAAGCAGAAGGACCCCUUGGCUUCCUCGGCCUGGACCGUAAAGCGAUGGAGGCAGAGCGGCUGGCGAGGCUGAAGCGAAAGCGGGAUGCCGAAGCCGAUCCGUUUCCUACCACGAAUGUGCCUUCCACAGCAUUCAAUACUCAGACCGCCGCAGAGCCUCAUCCUACUACAGGCCUUGGCAGCAAGCGCCCCAAGGCGGCCGAUAAACGUGGCACGGACCUCACUACAGGGAUGAGAUCUAUCUCUCCCCCCAUAAUCAACCGCCGCGAACGCUCUUCGGGCUCUUCGCCAGUGAAGCCAGCUCAACCAGCAAAAUCAGCAAAGACAAUGGCCGAAACCACGGGAUCCACAACCUCACCCUCCCAACCCCAAUACUACCCUCACGGCAAGAUUUUCAAAACCCACUCCCCGGCGCACGCUACUACUACUACUAUUACAACAACAACAUCAUCCUCAUCUUCCCCCUCCACCCCUUCAAACACAAUCACCUUCCCCGCCCUCCUCGGCGACCCCUCCUCCAUUACCUCCGCGCUCCUCUCCUCCUUCACCAUCGACUUCGACUGGCUCCUCCCGCACUUCUCCACCGCCACGACCAACUUCGUGUUCGUGCUGCACACGCACAGCGGGCCCCACCGCGCCGAGCUGCGCGCCGGCUUCGAGGGCAUCCCCAAUGUGCGUCUCGUCUUCCCUGCUGCGAGGGGCGGGAUGCUGGGGCAUGGCACCAUGCACAGCAAAUUGAUGGUGCUGUUCUACAAGGGUGUUGCUGCUGCUGCGGCGGAAGAGAAGGAUAAUGAUGAUGAUGAUGAUGAUGGGAGAUGGGCGCACGGGCGCUGUAGGGUCGUGGUGCCGACGGGGAACCUCGUGCCGCAUGACUGGGGCGUGGGCUCCGUGAUGGAGAAUCUGGUCUUUGUCAUCGAUCUGCCGAUGCUGGCGCCGGCGCCUGGUGGUGGUGGUGGGGACCAUGAUGAUGAUGAUGCACAGGGCAAAGAUGCGCAGCCGCCGACACAAGCGCGGAAGAAGCAGCAGACCCCAUUCGAGCGUGGCCUGUUUGCGUUCCUAACCGCCCAGGACGUCCCGGUCAAGGUGCUGUGGAAGCUGGCGAGCGUCGACUUCACGAAAACCGAGGGCCUGGCAUUUGUGAGUUCGGUGGCGGGGUUUCACGUCGAUGCUAGCGGCACUACGACCAGCAGUACUGGUUCUACUUCUACUGAUGUAGACGAGCGCGACGGCACAGGCCUAUGGGGCCUGAGCGCCGCAGUCAGAGAGCUGGGCCUACAGUGUCCGGCCAGCGGUGGUGCUGCCACGGCGACUCCCGAGGAGCAAGUGCAAGUGCAAGUGCAAGUGGACUACGCGACCAGCAGCCUCGGGGCGCUGACGCCCGAGUACGUCUCGCGGCUGUAUAGCGCGAUCCGCGGUGUCGAGAUGGGCAAGAAAGAGAACUUGAAGUUGAAGAAGGUCGUGAGGAUGCCCUGGUCGUCGUCUUCGAAAGAGGCAGACCAGCAGCAGCAGCAGCCAUGGCGCAACAACCUGCGCAUCUACUUCCCCUCCUCGGACACGGUGCAGGCGUCGCGCGGCGGGCCGGACGGCGCAGGCACCAUCUGCUUUCAGGAGAAGUGGUGGGACAAGGCGGACUUCCCUCGGGAGGUGGUGCGAGAUGCGGUGAGCGUCCGGGAGGGUCUGCUUGGCCACAGCAAGUUCAUUUUGGUGCGGUAUGCUGAUCAAGGAGGGAACGACUAUCUGCGGAUCAGCGACGGUGCGGCUGUCGGUGUCAAUGCGACGCAAGGCGCGAUGGGUUGGGUCUACGUGGGGAGUGCAAAUUGCAGCGAGAGUGCCUGGUACGUGCUUUCUGUCUUUUUCUUGGCUUCCCCAUCCCCGUCCGAUUGUGUUUUUCGCUACGGUCGUAUCUCGAUGUCCAUCAAACGUUGCUUUCUCACUUUGCGCGGAAUGUGGAAAUCGUCUCCCACUCUGUCGGGCCCGAGGCGCCCGUCGGUCAAGCAGUUAGGAAGUCUUUUUCUGGGGAAAGUUUUUUUCGUUGCAACCCAAGAAGAAUGCAGCCUGCCCACGCUUUCUUCUGGAUCGUCUGAACUGACAGAUUACACAAGGGGAAGAGCCGGUCCGCCUGUCAGAUCCGACAACUCCACUCGGUCGUCGGCGAAACUCACCAUGCGCAACUGGGAAUGCGGUGUCAUUAUUCGCGUGCCAGCCUCAAAAGCUAGUGCUGCAAAGGACCGACGGCAAGGGAGGAAACACUUUGACCAGGUGGGAUCCGACGAUGUCUUUGCAGAGUUUCAAGAUAUUGUGCCCAUAACUAUUCGGAUGCCUGGCGAGUCAAUGGUCGCCACUAGAAGGCUGCCUUGGUUUACUAGUGGAUUCGGUAAUGAAUGA